UCCAUAUAUCGCGCUCGCCGGGAAAAAACUCUUACAUAAAAUGAAAAAGUUCGAGACCCACCUUUCUUUAAUUUUACUGUUGUCUGGAAUAUCCUCUGCUGAAAGUACUACGAGCAAAAAGGAGAGUAAUGCAUUGCUGGUCGAGGAGAGUCUUUCCCGUGAAGCAGCUGGAUCUGACAUGAUGACAUCGAGUGUAAAUUGUGUGGAACCGGAUUCAUGCUCAGAAGAAGAGGCUCUAAGUUCGACCAAUGAUGGCAUCCUUCAUACAAUUAACUAUUCCUGGAGAAGAUUCCAGAUGAAGUUUAAAUUGUGGAGCUGGCAUGAUACUGUUGUUGUUAUGAUCCUUUCAUGUUCGAUGGAUGGCUGUACUUUGACACUGUGCUACGUCAUCGGUUUCAUUCGUAAAAAAUACGAAGCUCGCAAACAGCGGAGAUCUUUGCAGAUGACCAGAUUGCAGCGUAAAAAUCGCGCGUUUAAAACAAAGGACGAGUCCGAGGAAGAACCCGAGAGAAAACGUCUGCUCUUAGCGGAACCUGAGCUUAAACCAUGGCUACUAAAGCUGAAAAAGAAACGACACGAAGAACGACUGGAGAUUAUCUCUUCNAUACUCUCCAAAAAGCCCCCACUUUUCUAA